GAGGACUCUUGGGCCUCACUGAACUACAAGUCCCAGAAUGCCUCCGUACGUUCAUAGCGCCAUACCAGUCUAUCAAGCGCCUAGGUCUCGAUUCCAGGUCCUGUCUCCUCACAAGUCACUCUUGCGAGAGGCGCUGAGGAAGAAAAUAGCUUUCCUUGAGCCUCAGAGCGCUUCUCGCUUCUCUCUUCCUCUUUAGCUCUAUUUUGAUUUGAUUCUUGGCGCGCUCGUGCAAGUUCGUGGCUCAGGCGGAGGAAGGAGCGCCCUCAGCAUGACUGCAGAGCCAGCCCCGAGCAGCCUUUCCCCUUCUUCGCCUGGCAGGGCGGCCAGAGCCAAAGCCCGGUGGAAGCUGCUCAGACAGCUUGUAGCAGUGAAGGUUCUGAAAGAAAAACACUUGGAGAAUGUCCACCUUCAGCAAGUAUCAGUAAGGAGAUUUGCUUCGUUCAAUCUUUUCUCAAGCAUGAAAGAGGACAGAAAGCUAGCUGAAGAGGAUGAUGAAACUUGGGUUCGAUACAAAAGCAUCUCUUUUCCUGAGUAUAGUAUAUCUUUAAGAUGGAACAAUGGACAAUUAAAUGUUGAAGAUGUUCUGGCAAGUUUUGACAACACAGGGAACGUUUGUAUCUGGCCUUCAGAAGAAGUACUAGCUUACUACUGCCUCAAGCAACAUGAACAGUUCAGGGGCCUUGCUGUGUGUGAGCUAGGGGGUGGCAUGACAUGCUUGGCUGGGCUUAUGGUUGCUAUUUCUGCAGAUGUCAAAGAAGUUCUGUUAACUGAUGGAAAUGAAAAGGCCAUCAAAAAUGUAAAUGAUAUUAUCAGAAGAAAUGAAAAAACGGGAGUAUUUCGAGCCAAAGCAGUUUCAAGCUGCGUCUUACGAUGGGAUAAUGAGACAGAUGUCUCUCAACUGGAAGGACAUUUUGACAUUGUUAUGUGUGCUGACUGCCUGUUUCUGGACCAGUACAGAGCUAGCCUUGUGGAUGCAAUAAAGAGAUUACUCCAGCCCAGUGGUAAAGCAAUGAUAUUUGCUCCACUCAGAGGGAAUACUUUAAACCAGUUCUGCAAUCUAGCUGAAAAAGCUGGUUUCUCUAUCCAAAGACAUGAAAAUUAUGAUGAACACAUUUCAAACUUCCACUCCAAGGAAUGUAUUACCUGUGACAAAGGAUGCAUGAGUGAUCAGGAACCAGAGAGGGACAAGGAGGAAGCCUAGCUGAAUGCCGUACUGAACUGAAGACCGAGCCCCAGGUUGUUUUUCUAACUUCUACAUUUCAAGACUAAGGGGGGAAAGCUUUGGUGAGAUUUUUGUCAUCUCUGAGAAAAGGUGAAUAAGCUUCAGGAUGUGAGGAACAACAGCUCUGCUAAAGCACAGGAAAAUCUCUAUCAAAGAGUGUUUUGUUUAGACACAAAAUAAUUCUUUUCCCCUCCCCUCCAAUUUUUUUGGCAACAAACAAACCAAGGAGUUGACGUCUUUGCAAAGGUGAACUGCUGAAGUGACUUGUAACACUAUCAACCCAAUUUUUAAAAGGGAACAUCUUCUUGGUGAAACACAACGUGUGAGAUGCAGCUGAGUGGCAGAACAUGUUUGGCCUGAAUAAGAUCCCAAGUUCAAUUCUCAGCAUGAUGAGAGUUGUUCUAAGAACUGAAGAGAAUUAAGUUGUGAGAAGCAUGUCACCUUGACCUCACAUGAAGGAAAUACUGUUCUCCUUCGGGUGCUCUAAGUUUUCCAGGCUGUUUUCCACCUUCCUUGCCUUCCCUCUUGCAGAGCUGAAUGGUGUGAUACUGGACUGGAGUCUUUGCUGUAUAUGAAUUGUUGAGUUGGCUAGCCAUCAGCUUGUAGGUUUCAUCUACUUGAAGAGCAAAAUUCUGCAAACAGCCAGUAAAUGUUAAACUGCGCUAAGGAAAUUAUUUUUCCUGUAAUCUCUACUCCAGAGUCAUUUUCUGGGGUCAUUUUUCCUUCUAUUCCCUUUUCAACAAACCAAGAAUGGGCAACUUGGAAGUCCCUGAACAGACUUAGAAGCGGAGUGGGCAGAUCAAAAGACAAUCUGACAAAAUGGCACUACCUAAAAGAAUGCUCCACCUUGUGCGACUGUGGAGCAGAACAGAAAACUCUGCAUCUGUAUGUUUGUCCGCAAUGUUUGCCUCCUGUACAGAGGAAGAAUUGUUUGAGGCUACAGACAAUGCAGUCCCUUUUGCUUAUUUCUGGUCAAAAGGUAUUUAGCCACUUGUGCUCCUUCUAUUUUUAUCAGUUUUAUAUUAAUGUAUGCAAUGUUUUUGAUAUGGAAUAAAUAAAAAGUAUAGUGGCAGAGGUUAGAUGUGUUGCCCUGUAGACCAGUGGUUCCCAACAUUUUUUUGACCAGAGACCACUCUCCAACAUUAAUACCAAAUGAGUUACAAAUCAGUUUUUGGUCAACUUUAGAUUUGAUUUGUUAAUUUGUGGUGCUGAGUCAGAAAAUUGCAUUGGGUAUACCAUAUAAAAUUGCAUUGGAUAUACCAUAUGCCAUCUAGUAGCCACCAUCUCCUUGCUCACAGAAAACCAUAUUUCAUAAUCUAGAGCUGAUGUGGUCUAUCCAAUGCAAUUUUCUAAAUCAGCAACCCAAAUAACCCCAGGAACAGGCCGAAAAACAAAGACAUCAAGGCGGCCAUGCUUCCAGGUGCCACAUGGAACAACUUCGCUCAGGGGGAGGGAGGGAGAGAAGAGAAACAGCAGUCAGGAGGCUUGUUGUCGCACUCUUCAUGGGUAGUUAGCCUCUCCCCUCCCGACAUCCCCAUUGCCUUGGCACUAUGAGGGUUUCGUGAGACCAGUCACUCUUGUUGCAAGCUCUUGGGGCCACUGAUGGUCCAUGGACCACAGGUUGGGAACCACUGCGGUAGACCAAGCAGACACCAAGAAAACACUGACUCAUAUUCAGUCCUGGAUUGAACUGUGAGAAAUAAAUUUAUCCAAGUUUGGGUUUGUUACAUGUUCUGGAAUAUCUGCCCUCUGAAUUGUGUUUUUCAGUAAUAUCUCCAGUGACUCUACUUUGAAAGGAAGUACCAAUCAAACAUCCAGAUUAAUCAAAUACAGAAAAAGAGUGAGGCGACCCAAAAAUCUGAUUCCGUGAAAAAGAUAGUUCAUUGAAUCCAUGUUGGAAGUAAACUCCAGACUUUGAUAGAAGGUAAAAUGUAAAAGAGAGGCAUGGUGCUGAGAGAAGGCUACAAGAAGACUUCAUUGACUUUGCAGAACCAGUAGUAGAUGUAGUCACUCACAGAUCCCUUGUUCUGCCUAAAUGAAAGCUUGUCUUCUCUCUCUCUCUCUCUCUCUCUCUCUCUCUCUCUCUCUCUCUCUCUCUCUCUAUAUAUAUAUAUAUAUAUAUAUAUAUAUAUAGACACAGAUGCAUACAAUACCCCCAAAGGUUAAAGAAAUGCUAAUGGACUCAUUGUGUUUCCCUUGUACAUAAGUGAGUAUCGUGUGCUUGAAAUUCUGGCAGCUCUUUUGUUCAUUCCAUGUUAACCAUCAUAAUAGAAAAGCCUGGGAGUGAAAUGAUAUGGCAUCAGAUCACAGAAUAUUUCAUUCAAGGAAAUUCAUUUAUUUACGCUUCCAUCCACAAACUCUCCAUCAACACAAAACAGUCAGGUGGUUGUCUUUCCCCCACCCGACGCCUCCCCUCCCUUCCCCUUAUGCUCAGAACACAGCCAUUUUCAACCCGCUGUGUAUUGUCAGAAAAACAGCACAUCUCCAGCUGAGAAGCACAGACGUGCUGGAAAACAACUGUAUUCUUUCUUAAUUUGCAGGUUUAGCAUCAAUUAAUAUGUUGUGAUGUAGUUCAUGUUCUAACGGAAAACAGAAGCCAAUCAAUGGAAUGCCACAAUCGUAGGGAAGAUUACCUGUUUUUAACAUGUGCGCAUACACAAUAAAAUGAGUUAUCUUCCCUUUUGUAUUUAUUAAAAAGGCAAUUCCAUGGGAAGUGCAUAUUGCUGCCUUUAAUUCUACCCAAAAGAUUCAUGUUAAAGAGAAAGGUUCAGUGUACCACGAUAAUACAAAGGCUACCACUUUAAUCUUUAGCAUUAUAUUUGUGGAUGAGUGAGCUAUGAUGCUCACUGUGCAGCCAAACACUUUUUUUCCACACAGCAGGACAGCCAGGAACUAAAAAUUAAGAUGGUGCUGUGAGCAAUUCUAAUGGAUCUUAAUCUAUCGGUGGACUGUGGUUACAGCUCAAAAAUGCACUGGAUAGGGAGAAAGAAAGACCAUCUCCUUGCUCUUGAGUGACCUCUUCCAGUCCAGAUAAUAGGCCUUAUCUACUCUGGGCUCUGGAGAAAUGAAAUGAAAUGAAAUGAACUACAGUGCAAUCUCAUUUAUCCGAAUGGCCUGAGGGACACCCAAUCCAUUCCAAGCUUUGGAGUAAACAGGGGCACAAUUUACAUAAGGAUAUAUCACUUUGGCACUAUCCACCAGGCACACACAAUGUGCAACUAGGACUGGAAUUUUUGGAGGGCCAUGUUUGUCUGAUACAUUUAUAUCUAAAAUGGAAAUUUCCUUUCUGGAUGUCAGCAUGCUGGGCAGGAAACAAAAGAAAAAGAGUAAAAAACAUCAAUAAGCUGAUAUUAAGGCCACAAUUCAAUUGGCUGGUAUAAUUCACCACUGAGAUAGUUGGCAAAGUGUAUCAUGAUAUACAAAUCAAAUGCAAUCUGCCCUGCACUUGUAUCAAUGUAUAUGGAACUAAAUAGGAGAGAGCAGCACUGUCAAAUUGAUGCAGUUUGGCACCAUUUUAACUGCCAUGGCUCAAUGUUAUGGAAUGAUCACUUCUUGGCUUUUUAGCUAAGAUCAAGUGUGAGCAUAAUGAAUGGUUUCUAUUUGGCAAGGCUGUGCUCAUCACCUCCAUCCCUUUAAUUCAUAACUAGAAGACAUCAUAUUGAAAGUGGGAUUCAAUUUAGAAGGAGUAAAAAUAGGGGAACAUCAAAAAUUAAAUAUGCAGAUGAUAUCAUGUUUCAACCAGAAAAAAUAGCAAGGUCUGAAAUGACUUCAGGCAAACAUCAAGUUAACAGAAUCUUGAACGAAGAAACUUCUACCUACAAAGUAUUUUUAUGUCUGCUUUAUUUAUUUAUUUAUUUAUUUAUUUAUUUAUUACAAUAUUUAUAUCCCGCCCUUCUCACCCAACAGGGGACUCAGGGCAGCUUACAAUAAAACGCAUAUAUAAAAAUUAUACAGUACAAUAUAAAUCAGUUAAAAAUUAUUAUUAACUUACAUCAUGCUUUGCACCCAUCCUCUUCUUCUUUCUCCCUUGCAGUGUAUCUAGAAUAUUUUUUAGCAGCAUUGACAUUAGAAAGGUUCUGGCGGAAGGCAGGAGAAACCCAAACUUUCAGUUUACUGAAUUUCUGCAGUUAAAAAAAAAUACAAUCAAGCUUGAUCUUGGAAAUAAUGGGAUUCUGUUCUAGCUGGUAUAACUGUAGCUGUGAGUACCUUCCUACAACAGGCAAAUAAUAUGAAACAUGAAAGCAAGUAGCAAAAUACAGGCAUCCAUAGAUGCAUUUGGAAAGUUUUCAAGUGAUCUCUAGAAGGUCCAAAAAGUUCUGUUUACUUAUGCAAAGCGUAGGUGAAUUGUUUCAUUUCCCAUGUGCAUAGUGCUAGUUUCAAAUUAAAAAUUGCUGAAAUAUAUUGAGCUGCUCUUUUUGUGGCGUAGGAAUCUAUCCUUAUUUUUCACUUCUUUACAAAAGGGGCUACAAAGUUGAGUCCACAGCAUGUGAGCUUGGAGAAAGCAAACCACAGACCACUUACUACAAUGCAACCUUAGCCCUGCCACAUGCACAAUGGAGGACGUUCUCACAGUGACAGCAGAGGCACUCCAAGUGGCCAGCUUCUGGUCAAAGGACAUUUAGUAUAAUGUCAAGUUUUAAAUUUUGUUUGUGUUUUUAAAUACAUGGUAACUGUAUUCGCUUCUGACAUGAUAAAUAAAUAUUUUUUCAUGUUUUUUUCAUAUUUUUUUACAUUAUGUCUUUGAUACCAAACUUUCUAUUGAAUAAGCUUUGCCCAGGAACACAGGCACUUUGUUAACUGAGAUAUUCUUGAACUGAUGAAAUUUAAGGGGAAAACUUCUCAGAAAUAGAGAUAAAGUCAAAUAUCAAGAAACCAAAAGUAAUGACCACACAUUAUUUGCAUAACUCUAAAGUUGUUGGUGGUGACACUUUAUACUUUGGAGCAAUCAUAAAGCAAAAUGUAGAGUGUAGUCAAAAAAUCAGAAAAAAAGUUAAGGGCAGUUAUGAAGGCUGGUUAUGAAGGAAUUAGAUGAGAUCAUCAAGUGUUGUAUAUUGUCAUUACAUAGCAAAGUGUGAAUCAUCCAUUGGUGAUUGGCAUGGCUGUGAAAGUUGAACAACAAAGAAAGUUAGCAAGAAAAAAACAACUCAUUUGAAAUCUGGGACCGAUGAUGCACCUAAAAAGACAAAUACAUGAAUCAUAGAAUCAUACAGUUGGAAGAGACCUCAUGGGCCAUCCAGUCCAACACCCUGCCAAGAAACAGGAAAAUUGCAUUCAAAGCACCCCUGACAGAUGGCCAUCCAGCCUCUGUUUAAAAGCCUCCAAAGAAGGAGCCUUCUCCACAAUCCGGGGCAGAGAGUUCCAUUGCUGAACAGCACUCACAAUUAGGAAGUUCUUCCUAAUGUUCAGGUGGAAUCUCCUUUUCUGCAAUUUGAAGUCAUUGAGUUUGAAAGCCAGGUAGCCUGAACUAUCUCCUAGAAGUCAAAACAGAAAUUGGGGCUAUUGUACUUUGGGCACAUCAUGAAAUGAUAUGGCUCACUGGAAAAGAUGAUAACACUUGAUGAAGUGGAAAGAAAUAGGGACGGAGGAAGCAUUCCAGAUGGAUUGAUUCCUUCAAAGAAGCCAUGGCCCAGACUUUACAAUACUUGAACAGGACUGUGGAUGAUUAUCUUAUUCACAGAGCCAGAAUAAGUUAAAGACAACUUGAUGCUAAUAACAAAAAGUUCCAUGAAAAUCACAGUGGAAUAAUUCCACCCUGGACCAAUCUUCUUUCAUUUGUCUCUUCUUGUUGUGUGCCUUCAAGUCAUUUGUGACUUAUGGUGAUUCUAAGGCAAUCUUAUCAUGGGUUUUUAUUAGCAGAAUUUGUUCAGAUGGAGGUUGCCUUUGCUUCCCUCUGAUGCUGAGAGAGUGUGACUUGCCAAGGUCACCCAAUAGGUUUUUCUGACCAAAUGGGAAUUAAACCCUGAUCUCCAGAAUUAUAGUCCAAUGCACGAACCACCACACUAUGCUGACUCUCUCAUUAGCCUAAUAAAAUAGCAUUUAAUAUCAGCAAUGCAGUUUACCCCAUUUGUUACAUCAAAAAUGUCAAUUAUUGUUGCAUUGCACUUUUUUGCACAUUUAUUUGCCAGAAAUCAUGGCAGGUUAUGCAAUGUCAUGUUGCUUUAUAUGACACAGGAUAACAGAAGGUGGCACAUUGUGGGGCGGCCAGGAAUGUAAUUGUUCUGUUUGAGCUGCAUGGGGUCAGGAGGAAUUUAAUUAGUUUAUCGUAAUGAAGCUUUGUGUGUAACGUCAGAUGUGUGCCUGGAACUUUGAAAUUUCUACCUUCCAUUGCACAAGAUCUGCCUUCAAAGAAUAUCCCCUAUGGAAAACCAGAGUUUAAGGGCCAUUCUAUUGUGGAAUAUAUAUAUUUUGAUGUAUGUGAUGUCUGUAUAUGGACAUGUGUCUGUAUGCCUUGCAUUAUGUAUGCUCAUACAUUGUGACCCACAUACAGGCACAAGCAAAUAUACAUCUAUGGAGGUGGAAGGUGAAAUAUUUAACAAAGCAGUACCUACUCUUUUAAAAAUGUAAUUCAUAUUUUCUUUUUAAGAAUGUUAGAAGUAUUUGAGUAAUACGUGUGAUGUGAGGACAUACUUUACCAGGUGUGGAUAAAUGAAAUUGUAGAGACUGGUCCUGCGGAUAUGGGAGUCCUACCUUAUAACUGUAGUAAAGUAAAGCUUGUAAUGUUUGCUGGUCACAUUCAGGAGCUUUUUUCUCCAUCCAAAAAAAGUUUCUUCAUUGUUCUAGCUGGUCUCCAUAACUGUUGGUGAGAUUCUUUCAUUCCCAUUCUUUUCAUGCUUUGUGUAUAUAUGUGAUUUUGCAUUGUGUAUGUGUGUGAGAGCAAUGACCAACCUUGAUAAAAUAGUUAAGAGUAGAGACAUCACACUGGAAAUGAAAGUCUGCAUAGUUAAAGCAAUGAUAUUCCCCAUAGUAACCUAUGGAUGUGAGAGCUGGACCAUAAGGAAGGCUGAGUGAAGGAAGAUAGAUGCUUUUGAACUUUGGUGCUGGAGGAAAAUCCUGAGAGUGUCUUGGACCGCAAGAAGAUCCAACCAGCCCAUACUCCAGGAAAUAAUGCCCAAGUGCUCACUGAAGGGAAGGAUAUUAGAGGCAAAGAUGAAAUACUUUGGUCACAUAAUGAGAAGACUGGAAAGCUUGGAGAAGAUAAUGAUGCUGGGGGAAAAGGAAGGAAAAAGGAAGAGGGGGCAAGGAAGGAGCUGGGAGUGGUGACGGGCGACAGGAAGCUCUGGCGUGGGCUGGUCCAUGAGGUCACAAAGAGUCAGAAGUGACUGAACAAAUAAACAACAACAACAACAAAAUGUGUGUGAGAUAGGAGAUAUGGGCCAUUCCACACUACCUAGUUAUAGUUCCAUGAGAGCACUUUAACUACUAUUACGAAAUCAUAUGGAAUCCUGGGAUUUUUAGGUUAGGAGAAGUGGGUUUAGAAUUCUCAGCCAGAGAGCUGUAAUGCCCCUUCAAACUACAAAACCCGGGAUUCUAUAGGAUGCAGCACUGGCAGUUCAAUUGGAAUCACAGAGUGCAUUUAUAUUGUCGAAAGAAUGCAUUUUGACACCAAAGUACUAGAUUAAUCACUUCAUAUAUUGCAAACCAUCCCAAUUGGAGCCAAGAUUGUGAGUCUUUCUGUCCUUUAAAAUGCACAGCAAACCUGAAUGCUCCAUGGUCCAUGAAGUCAUGGAUCCUGCAGAUCUUGUAACUGAUUUGGAUCCGACUUCUUCAGUACAUAUAAGCACCACACAGGCCUCAAUCUGAUUAUAGAUCUUCAUGUACAAUCCCCCUCAUAUUGAAAUCAUUCACUCCUCUGGCAUCGUUACCCCACCCUGCAAAGUUGUCAGCGUAGAUGUGCCAUAAUGCUACACAAGACAAAAUAAUCUGGAGCUGUCCCACAUACACCAUGGGGAGUCCACACAUAUGGAUAAGGAAGCACCCCAAAGCUCUUCUGUAAUCCAUAUAGCCAUGUAAUAGAAACCCUUGGUAUUCCAAAGAGGACCCUGAAAUCCAUGAUCAUGGAAAGUCUCUAUAGCUAAGGGCAUUCACACAGAAACCUAAUUUGGGCUAACCUCCAUACAUGAUUUUUAGCCUGGACAUACAAGUUUCACAAGCACUCAUACAUUCACUAGGAGGAAACUGUUGGAGUAUGGUUGUAUUUGUAUGAAAUGUAAAUCAAGUGUUUACUGCUGAUGAGCUAGAGUGUGUAUUUUCAGUAAUGAAAUAGUUAACAGCAGGCUAGUUUUGACUGACAGCCUGUUGUGAUUACUGUGACCUAUCAGGAUUGAUUUCCUGCCUUUGAGGGUUGGAACUUCCUCUGGACAGAGGAAUGUGUGUCUUAUCUUAUCUGUGGAGUUCGGCUUGAGUUUUUUGCUGGAGAUGGACAAUGAAUGCUAUGCUCCGAAGCCGGGAAAUGUAACUGUAAAUAUGUAAAUAAAGUUUAACAACAGUUGGAUUUACAACUGAACCUCCGGCUGCUGGAAUUCUGUUGGCCAGUGCUGUUUCUCCGCAAGAGAAGUCAGCCUGCGGAAGAAAGGGGGUGGUGAGACCAGAAUGAUGAUUUUUGGAAUCCACCCUGCUACCCAUCACCCCCUGACAGAAACACAGGAUAAGCCUAUCACUCUUCAGGCUGCAAGCAUAAACCUCAAAAACCUGGCUCUGGGAUCAAGCCUUUGGAUAAUAGCUCAGUGCAAUAAUAGAUGUGUAAUAUGUACAAUGACAAUGGAAUGGCUUUAGACUACGAUUUUUGGAUGAUGUGAUUUUAACUGAAUGUAAUGUUUUAAAUAAAUGUCAAUAUGUAUUCAUUUUUAAUUUGCAAAUAUUUUAAGCUUAUGUUUUUAAGGCAUUGAAUAAUUGCCAUAUGUAAGCCACCUUGCGUCCCCUUUGGGGUAGAGAAAGGUGGGGUAUAAAUAGGGUAAAUAAAUAAAUAAAUAAUACUUCUGCCUUCCUAACAAUGGAGCCAAGUCAAAGGUCAUGGAAGUUACCCAACACCCCACCAGACCCUCUCUGGGAGUCCAUUCAGGCCAUGCCAACACCCUUGCCACACAUUGUUUGGCCAGCCAAAAACCAUUGUCUCACUUCAAGCAGACAGGAACAAAACUAUUAGCACCCUUUGCCUCAAACUCUACCCACAUUUCUUUUCUUUCUCACCUACUAAGAAAACAGCCACAAUACUUCAAUAUAAGCAAUGACAGUUUACUCAGAUUCCCACCAGACUUGUGAGCCAACCAGCGACUGCUGUCACGUUUCAGCCCACCAACAUGCAGAUCCUAGCCGGCUCUGGCCUGAGCCAAUCAGCACUCAGGGCAGCAAAAGUCUUUUGUUUCAAACUGCUGUCAAAGUCCUAUAAAUAUUUCUGUAUGUUUGCAUUAAGGUAUGUCAGUCUUUAGAGUGCAGCCUCUGCUGGCAUCUGCUUUGGCCAAGGUGAAUAAAUGCCUCUUUUUCUUUUGCCUUCAACUCAUUCAUGUCUUAUUCGAUCUAUGGAACUAGGCAGGUUGGGACCCAAACUCAUGGUUCUUGUAAUAGCUGAAAUCACUUAACAGCCAGCUGGCACAACAGUACAUUGACACCAGUGCCUUGUUGUCCUGAGGCCUUGCCACCCCUGACAUUUUGCCAGUGAGAAGCAGCUCACUAGCAGAACUUCUCUAGCAGCAUAGGUUUUGGGGAGGUCACAACAGCAUGCCCAGUCAUAUGAACACCAGAAGCAACAUUGCCAGCAAGGCUCUGUUAGGGAGAUGUGGAUGGCUGGUGAAACAGUGAUGGAUCUUUUUUGAUGGAUCACCCUGUACAACUGUCCACACAUCCAAAACACUGGAAGUCACUCCAGAAUUUCCUGGAAGUUCCAGAAUAAACUGCGGUUCUUCUUGUGAUUAAUUAAAGGCUGGAAGAAAAGCUUCUGCUGGAAUUUGCUAUAUACAAUCUGGAUGGCUUGCAGCAAAUUUGAGGUAAGAAUAAUUAUUAGGCAUGGUGCGAAUCUACUGGAAAGUCAAAAUUUCAUCUCGCAUUCCUCUUUUCUGAGUUUGCUUUUGCAUUUUGUACACCAUUUAUAGUAAUUAAAGUAAGCAGAGGGGAAAGGGGGAAAGUGGGAGGAGAAAGAAACCCGGAUAUUUUAGAAGCAGCUGAAAAAAGUAGGAAAGUAGGAUUAAUCAGGACUUCUGCAAAACAAUUGAAGGUUAUGCAAUUGUAGAAAAAAUCUGGGUGGUUUGAUGAGUCAUUUGCCUAAUGAUCCAUAAAACAUGUUUUGGCCUACAAUUUCCAUCCUGAUCAGGCUAGCUGAAAUAUUUAUUUGCUCUUACAUUCAUUGCAAUGUUCUACUCCCAACAGUAGAAACCACAUGCAGACAUAUUUCAUAGCCUCCAAAGAAGAUUCAAAGGAGUGCAGUUUUACAGUGUUUUUUUUUGUUUGUUUCAUAGAUAAGGAUUUUCCAAAGAAAGGAUAAAGAUGCAAAACGACCACAUCCUCAAGAGUACUGAACUAAGAUGACUUCCAAGGUCCAAAAUAAUAUAAAAUGGGCUGCCUUUGGGGCAUGCUGUCAAUUAAAUAGUCAUUCUAGGCUACUUGGCGAGAAAUCUCAAACUUCACAGCAAAAUUCAAUAGCAUAACAAAUAAUUUAUUACUUGUGAAAGAGCAUACCCAGUGAGUUGAUGGCUUUUUAUCUAUGAGAGAGAGAGAGAGAAAGAGAGAGAGAGAGAGAGAGAGAGAACCAACUGGAUUUCUAUAUACAAUAAUAUUAUUUGGUAGCAAAGAACGUACCGUGACUGAAUGUAAAAAAGUAUAUUUUUGAUGAGUUAAAGAGAUUAAGAAAAAUCAGGCAGAUUUUGACAGAGAAUGGUGUGUAAAUGAGAGGCGUUAUCGAGCCGAAUCUGGCAGCUCCAUUUUUGUUAUGGUGAAAAAUAUCAGUAUUAUUUACUAAGAAGAUUAGGGCUGAAUUGGAAGAGAGGCUGGUUGUUGUGUGGAGAUUGAGAUAAGAUAAAGGAUUUUACCUUCUAUGCGCAAGCCAAAUGCAAUCCACACAGGACUGUUAUCUCCAGCUCAGGCCUAGCAGAGGUAUAUUAAGAUGUACAUUGUAAUUACCAGUGGCAGGAGUAGAUUUCAUAAAGACCUUUUUAAAACCCCAAGAAAAUGCUGCUCUUUAAUUAUAUGGCUUUGGAAGAAGAGGAGGAGGAGGAGGGGAAAAAAUCCUUAGUUAAUUGCAACAAUGAAAAUAAAAUAAACCCAAUAUUUGAAAAUGAUGCUUCGUAUUAUAAUUAAUAUCAAAUGAUUCUUAAUAUUAUAAUAAAUGAUGCUAAUAUUAGAAAAUUGAAGAGCAAGACAGCUUUUGACUGAUCAGUACCUGUUUUACCAUUCAGCUACAUUUUGGCAACGGAACAGCAAACAAUUGAGGCUGCUAAAUGCUUUCCUCGUUUUUCCCUCUGCUAUCCAGAAUGCAAGAUUAGCAAGGAUUGAGGGGAAAGUGGGGGGUAAAUCCUCUUUCCAUGACAUAAUUAAUUAGGUCCAAAAAUGAGCGGCUGGCUCACAAAUCACUCAUGGACAUUGGGGAUGGAUCCGGCUCCCUUGUGAGUGAUGGUGGUGGAUAGUGGGGAAUUGUUCUCAGAUACUUCACAAAUACGAGCUAUUGAAAAGGCAAAUCUCAAAAGUGUGGCUGAAUGGAUACUUAAGCCAAAGCUUAUCCACCAAGUUCCCGGGCUACGUGAAGAGCCUAAGACAGAGAAUGUUAAGACUUUUAUGCUGAGUAGGUAUUCUUACCUGGAAAUAAGUCCUACUGAAAGAAGAGCACUUAUACUGACAUUUCAGGUAUGUAACACUACUACUGCUAUUGCCUUGUGGUGACAUUUGAGAAAGUGUCUAUUUUCUAGGAAACGUAGUUCUUCAUAGGAGAAGGUCCUUUUCACCAAGAAGCCAGAAAUCCUUGGUCAACAGUAUUUCAAGUCUCUGAGAUUGGUGUCUUAUAGACACAAAAUACACAAAUUUACCUAUGCAUCCUGACCAUUAUGAAUUAUGGAUAGGGGUCCAGGGGCAUAAAAAUCAUGUCUAGUAAUCUGUAUUAGCUACUACCCUAUUUCCCCUAAAAUAAGACAGCCCCAGAAAAUAAGACCUAGUAGAGGUUUUGCUGAAUUGCUAAAUAUAAGGCCUCCCCCAAAAGUAAGACCUAGCAAAGUUUUUGUUUGGAAGCAUACCCGCCAAACAGAACACCAGAGCAUAAAGGAUUGGUAAAUGUACCUACCAUAGAGUGUUGUACAUGGAAAUAUUGGUAGUAACAAGAAAUUAUUGAUAGGAUUCACAGUUUGUCUGGUUAUGCUGGUUUGUGAUGACAACUACUGUACAGUAUAUAAUAAAUGUUCAUUUUUUUUGUUCAGCAAUAAAUGUGAAUUCUUCUUCAUGGAAAAAUAAGACAUCCCCUGAAAGUAAGACCUAGCGCAUCUUUGGGAGCAAAAAUUAAUAUAAGACACUGUCUUAUUUUCUGGGAAACAUGGUAGUUAAAUAUAUAUACUGUUCUGUAUUGUAUGCUCUGUUCCAUAACUCUUCCAAAUUCACGAUUGCUAUUUACACUAUUGUCACAAUCAUAACGUCCCUUUCAUCCUACUUUAGCAGACAUCAGCUGCAUAGAGAGAUGUUCAUUCAGCCAGUGAUCGGAGCAUGGAUGAAUGAUGUUUCCAUCAGGUUUGGGUGUGGUGCAGGAGAGAUCAGGCCCAGAGAGAUUAUUUAAUUUUCUUUAUUUACUAUACAGUACUACCUCUGUCUCCACAAAACUGAUACAUGGCUUCAUUGAUCCAUAGUUUCACUAAUUCAUUUAAGCCUUUUGUACAGGCUACACCCUCCUUUGGUUAAUCCUCAUCCAUCCCAUCAAAAAUAAUAGUAUUUGCCAUUAUCUGUAGUUUCAUGUAUCUACACAAAGUAUUCAGUAAGAGCCCCCAUAUCCACAUGGGUAUGGGGACUGUACUGUAUUUAAAGAAUACUAAACUGAGUAGCCCAUACACAGUACUAGCUUAUGUCAUAGUCCAAGCAAAAACACUUCUCUCUGCUGCUAUUUGGCAUAUAUCAAUUAUUGACUUUGGUGUCCAAUAGUUGUUUUGAGUGUUGAAAGUUAUUUCUGGAACUGGAACUUAUAGUUUGGCUCUUUCACACAGAGCCAAAGAGGAGCAAAGACACAAGGAGAAUGGUCCAUAGCAUUUUAUGGAUCAGACCAUCUCUAUACUUGGAUUAGUAAGAGAUGAGUAAUAGUAUGACUUGUAUAAACAACAAAAAAAUAUUUUACCUUAGAACUUUCUAUCUAGGAGGCUCAUGUAGGCAUCAUUUACAACAAACAACAACAACAACAACAAUAACAACAACAACCAAGGAAAUGCAUUCCACAAAGUAAUGACAAAAGAUGAGAAGUAUAAACAGUUAUAGAAAAUGUUCAUAAAAUGUAAAUGCAUGAGUGUAAAUUUGGAAAUAAUUAAUAUAAUUUUCAUCUUUAUUUUACAGAGGCAUCAUGUGUACCGGCUCAGUUUGGUUGUCCAGAAGCUAACCAUUGAUACUGGACAACUUCAGGGCUUCACCUUUCCCUUUUCAUACUUCCUAAAUUGUACUUUGAUGACCUCCCUUUUCCUAGAAUUUAAGGACUACUGAAUCUACGACACAGAAGUGGAGUUGUGAGGAAAUUGUAGAACCCAUGACAUAAGAGGAAGGAUGAGGGAAUGGAGUGCUGGAUUCUGUGGAAUAUCAAACAUUAAUCAAUCCAAGCAUUUUUUUUGUUAAUCGCAGCCUCUUUAAGGGGCUUUCCAACACAUAUUUUUUUCUUCUGGGAAAAAAGAGACUUAAUACAUCUUAUUUUGAUAUCUCACCUUUAAAAUGCUAGUUGAAGAAUACACAUUUUCAUAUUUCAGAUGAUGGUUUAAGUAAACUCUUUUCCUUUGUUGUUAAUAAAGACUAGUCAUCCAUCCCAUUUGACAUAGAACUUGACUAUGCAUGUUUAUAAAUCUUGCUUUUAUGUGGUCAAUGUUUUUAAAACAGGUUGGCUGUCACAAACAUACAUAAUGUCGUAGCUUGCAUUUCUGUAAUAUGAUGUACAAGACAUUAAAUUAUUCUUAAAUAUAUGAAGAACAUAUGUGAUAAUUAAAUAACAAUAAUAAUGAGGACAUUAGCUUUGGAGGGUGGAUUAUUUCUGACUUCACUGAGAAUGCCUUUUAGCUGUAAACUCCUGGUUUCAAGUGUUUUUUUAAUUAAAAAGAAAUCACUUUGUGUGACAUUUUUCAUGCAUAUCCCAUAUAUAGAGAUGAAGGUUUGCAUAUGACAAUUUGAUUAAAACUCUAGGUCAUUUCUGAUAGUUUAAUACAAGUAUACUUUGAAAUUGUUUUCUUUGUCCUCGUGUAAUCUAUUUUCUGUCUCUUCAAGUGGGGUGAAAAUAGCAUUCCAAAAAUUCAGUUACAUUAUUGAGAGCUUUAGUAAAUCUACUAAACAGUCAUCCAGUAAGUCCUUAUGACCUAAAUCAGGAAGGUCAGCUAUGAAAGAUGUCUCAAGUAUAAAAAUAUACUUCUCAAGUGUACAAAUAUACUUCUCAAGUGUAUAAAUAUAUGCAUACGAUGGUACUUCUGUGUAUGGAUACAAAAGCUAGACAGUUAAGGAAGCCCACGGGGGAAGAAUCAACUCAUUUGAAAGGUGGUUCUGGAGGACAACUUUAUAGAUACCUUGGACUGCCAAAAAGAUACCAAAAUUAUGGUACACAAGCCCUACAGUAAAUCAAUCCUGAACUCUUGCUGGAAGCCAAAUAAUUUAUCCUGAGAUAAUCAUAUUUUGGGCAUGCCAUGAGAAAUCAUGGCUUUUUGGGAAAGAAAACAAUACUGGGAAAGUCAAAGAUAGGAGAGAAAAAAAGAAUACACCUUACAAAUGUGUAGGAGGCUACAGCCCUCAGUUUGCAAAACCUGAGCAGGAUUGUUAGCAUUGGCACACUUUGGAGAUUUCUCAUUCAUAGGGUUGAAGCCUCAUCCCAAGCCUCUUACCAAUAAUAAUAGUCCCAGGUUACUUACUUCUUUCUCUAGUUUACAUUCUUCACUAUAUGCACUUUCUUCAGCCCAGGUCAUUUUUAUGAACUUUCUUAGGUUUUUUAUUAAACCAGGUUUUAUCUUAAUGUGAUUUUAUUGAUCUGCUUAUUGAUCUGUUUUAUAUUGAUGUGUUUUUAUUACUAUGUCUGUAACCAUUUGUGCUUGGCCCCAUGUAAGCCGCCCUGAGUCCCUUCGGGGAGAUGGAGGCGGGUUAUAAAAAUAAAGUUGUUAUUAUUAUUA